AUGGUCUCAAGUUCCCUCUCGAUAAUACUUUCACUGCCCACCUACUCAAUUCCUUCAAAUUCAACCUCUGAUUCAUCUUCUACCUCUACAUCUUCUCUCAGGUCUUCACUAACAUUUCAAAACAACUCAAAACCAGUCAAAAUUUCACCUUUUCUUCGCUUCUCUCUUCAAAAAUCUUCAAAAGUAUUUGCCUUUUCUUCCAAUAAUAAUAUUAUUAAUCAAGAUGGGUCAGCUGAGCAGUUCUUCGAAAACAAUUCUAUUGCGGAUUUCAUGAGGUUCAAGAAAGGCUCUGAUAGAGGCAGUGGUGAGUUGCAGACUGCUGUUGUUAGUUAUAAAAAGAGAUUCCAUUGGUCCAUUCUCUACCCUUUUUUUCAGGUUGAUUUGGUAUCUACAAUUCACAUUGCGGAUAAAGAAUACUUUGUGACCCUUCAGAAGGAACUUGAACCAUAUGAUUGUGUCCUUUAUGAGAUGGUGGCUAGCAGGGAGAGUUUGGAAAGUAGAAGGAGUGCUGGUGCUACAAAGAGAAUGAAAGGUUCACGGUCAAGAGGAUUUAACAUUUUGGGGUGCAUUCAGCGACAAAUGGCUCGAAUCCUUACGCUUGAUUUCCAAUUGGACUGUCUUGAUUACCAGGCUGAGAAUUGGUAUCACGCAGAUCUUGACUAUGAGACCUUCAAGUUACUUCAGCAUGAAAAAGGUGAAAGUUUCUUGACAUUUGCAAGAGAUAUGACUCUAAAAUCAACAAAAGCCAUGGUGCAGCCUACAAUUCCAGAAGACCUUGGUCCUUGGAGAUCCAAACUUCUAUGGGCUUCUCGUGUGCUUCCUAUGCCACUUGUAGGCUUAUUCAUUAUUGGAACUGUUUGUGAUGCGGGAAGUCCGGCAUCUGAAUAUCCAGAGCUAGAAGCCUUAUCCAGGCUUGAUUUUGGUGCUGCAAUGAAGGUGUUCCUGGCAAAGCGAUUAACAUCUGAGUUCACACAAGUGACAGCAGAUCUAGAAGAGGAGUCAGUCAUCAUUGGUGAGAGGAACAAAGCAGCAGUUGAAGCACUUAGAAAAGCUAUAAACGAGGGUCACAAUAGGAUUGCCAUACUAUAUGGAAGCGGCCACAUGCCAGACCUGGGGAGGCGCUUGCGAGAGGAAUUCAACUUGCUUCCUUGGCGAGUGCAGUGGAUAACAGCUUGGUCUAUAAGGAACCGGGUUCUCAGUAGCAGUUCCCUUCCAUUUCUGAAAACAAUGGCUGAAGUUUCAGGUUGGCAGUUGAACCGCUACCAGACAUUGGCAUUGCUCAUCUUUUCAUCAGUCCUGGCAUUAGAUCUUUGGUUUUGGGAGCUCUUUUUUGGAACUACAGUGAACUGGAUCUCGCAAAUUGCUUCAGAAGUUGGGCAAUAUGUGGACAACACAAGGAUGAUUUGGUAA